AUGGAUCGCUUGAAAGCGAAAAGGACUGUACUGCGAGGGAGGACCACUCGAAUCAUCAACGAAAGCAAAGCUCUUCUUUCAUCUGAGACCGCCAGCGCUGAGGAGCUCACCGUUCUACUAGAUCGCCUCACCAUUUGCAGUACCGACUUGAAAGACGUCGACACCCAGUUGGAGACGCUCAUUCCAAUCGAAGAUCUUCAACAGGAGUAUGACAGCUGCUUUGGAUACCAAGAGGAAAUCGAGAAAUUCCAGUACCUGAGAUCUCUUCUCGUUGGACGGGCGUCUGCUGCGAUUGAGGGACUCCAGGCCACGGAAGCUUGCUAUGAUGAUGCAUUGGAGUUGCUGAAAAAACGUUUUGGUGAUAGACAGCAGAUAGAACACGAGUAUUUGUCCCGUCUGCGUCAACUUUCCCAUAUUCGCUCUUCGCACGAUACUGGUGGACUGAGGAAGAUGUAUGAUCAGACCCAGUCUAGUAUGCGGGGAUUAAAAUCUCUCGGAAUAACUGCUGGAAGUUACGCGGCGAUGAUGAACGACAUUCUCCUGAACGCGUUGCCACAGGACAUGGUUUUGGACUACCAUCGUAGGAAACAGCAACAACCAGCACAGCUCGAAAACUCCGAAAAGCAGUUAGAGGAUCUCCUCGAUUUUCUCCAGAACGAAGUUGAAAGCAGAGAAAAGGCGGGAAUAUCUAGCCAGGAUGGAGGAGUUGUGAAACGAAGAGGGAGUCAGAUGAGCCGUCCCAGUGGGCUAGUACUCCAAACGGGUUCUGAGCCGGCCAAGUGCAUCUUUUGCGGCUCUUCGGCGCACACGACUGAACGAUGCUCUUCUGAUAUGGAUCUGAGUGCCCGAAAAGAGAAGCUCAAAUCUCAGCGAAGAUGUUUCCGAUGCACCUGGGUGGGACAUAUGACGAACCAGUGUGUGAGACGUGUCAAAUGCGAUAAAUGCAAAGGUAGACACGUAACCUCCAUGUGUGACCCGGAGUACAACCCAGCCCAGUCAACUAGCCCUAAAACGCAAACCCGCAGCGCAGUGAUCGCCACGUCCUCAGCCACUUCACGUUCCAGGGUUUUGCUACAGACUUUCCGGGCUUGGGUGGUCGCCGACAAGAAGUGCGCAUACAUGCGAGGAUUAUUUGACAGCGGUAGUCAAAAUACCUUUGUGCGAGAGGAUCUUGUUCGCAGCUUGAACUUGCCCGUCCUGAGAGAGGAGGAACUCUCAAUAAGCACAUUUUCCAGUGAUAUGGGAAGGAAACCGGAGAGGCGACGAAUAGUGGAGCUCCAGAUACGAAGCCAGAAGCUGGAGAACAUGUUGCUGAUGUCGUAUCGUUCCCAGGCAUACCGCCAAGUGAAGGGAAUUUCGAUCCUUAUUGGGUCGGAUCAAAUGUGGAAAUUGCUGAAAGGAGAGAUCCAACGUUACGGGCCAAACGAUGAAGUCGUUGCCAUCAACUCCAAACUAGGAUGGACGUUUCAGGGUCCGACUACCGAACGUUCGCUGAUCGCAAGGCAGGCCUGCAACUAUGUAUCUGUGCUUCGUGUGAGUACACUUUCUGAGGACCUGCGCUGUGACCAGCUUUUAGAACGAUUUUGCAGCCUGGAAGGAGUUGGAAUCGUCCACGAAGAUGAAUCUCCGUCAGCCGAAGGUCAUGCCGUUCUCGAGGAGUUCGAGAAAACACUGAAGAUGAGGGAUGGCAGGUACGAGUUUCAGCUUCCGUGGAAACGGACAGAUUCGCUGUUGAACGACAACUUCGAGAUAGCUAAAACUAGGCUGAAGAAACUUGUGUUCCGACUGAACAGGGACAGACAUUUGAUCGAAGAGUACGACAAAGUUGUACGUGGAUAUCUUCUCAGUGGAUACGUAGAAGAAAUUCCCGUAUCCAACCAAGAACAGAACACUCGGGUUUUCUACAUGCCACACAGAGAAGUUUUCCGCGAAGCAUCUACAACAACCAAGUUGCGUGUUCGACGUGUCGUCGCAUGGUCCUGGAAGUACAUCUUUAAAUGA